UAAAAACUUUGGGUCUGACACACAAUGCAGUGUUUACCAAAUAAGUAAACUAUCAUUAACUUUUUUUUUAAUUUUAAUUAAAGACUUGCCUAAUUGCUUGUUUCAUUUUUCCUCUUACAGAACUGGAGAUAUUACUUAAAGAAAUUAAAGAUAAUAUGUAUUAUAUUGCAAAAAACACACAUAUCUUUUCCUGUUUGGAUUAAUUUUAGUAAAAAAAAAAACCACAAUGUUACAAAUGCAUUGUUUCAUCUGAAUGUGCAGUGUUCUAACUAUCUUUCUUCCCCUGAAUUACAAAAUCAUGCAUAUUAAUGAGCAUCUUGAAAAAUGGAGACAAGACGGCGUACUCUUCAUAAAACCUGCGUUUCAUUCUCUAAUACAACAGCACCCCCACCUUACAAGUUUCAGUACGCAGCAGAAGUCAAACUCAGGAAUGUGACAGUCAUUUCUAAAUGUUCAUGUAGGGCCUCACUAGGUUGUGUACUGUACUUAUUAUUCCACCUACUAAUAUGGCAAGUGCACACAAAUAACAAAAUAAAAAUAUAUAUUAUCGUACUCUAUUGGUAUUACUAAAAAUUCAAAUGUAAUUACUGCAUAUUAAAUAAUUAGUAGGUGUCUUUCAUUUUAAGCAGUGUUGAGAACAUCAGUUAUUUUAUUAUAUAUGUUACCGGUAAUGUGUGAAAACUGGCAAAAACGGCAGGCAUUGUAUUCAUUGCCUAGGUAUUCUAUACAAUACCUGCUUUUCACACAUUGCCGGUAACAUAUAUAAUACCAGGCAAUGCAGCUUAUUUCUAAUCAGUUAAACAAGUGAUGACAUUUUAAUCAUUCUUGUAGUUUUUUUUUUCAUACUGGAUGGUCUGAUAAAUGUCUUUAAUGCCAAUGAAAACAAUGUGUUGUUCUUUCUGUUGCAUUUUCACCAAAUAGCUCUGCUGAAUCUCAUGGUUUUCUAAUAGUAAUCUAAGGUUUCAUAGAUAUUUGUAAAUCCCAAAACCGUAUGGUUUAGGCAUAUCCUUUCGUUUAAAUAAAGUUUUCCCAACAAGCUCCUGUAAAAUUGAAUGGCUGCCUUCACACUGUUAAACUGGCCCGCACUAUAGCUGGAGAGAGUGAACAAGCUAAACAGGUUGAGGGUUUGUUUUAUUUGCAUAGUAUUCUCUAAUAUUAAAAGAAUAUCAUUUUUAAAGCUUUUCCUCCAAUAUUUUAUAUUUGCCUUAUUAAACUUUAAACUUUUUAAAGUACAUUAUAUGAAGUAUUCCCAGAGUGGACGUUUUAUAUGAAUUCUGCAUUUUAUAAAUUUUUAAAACAAAGUCCACUGUACUCCCCAGUAGCUGUCUGUGGUGCUGAACUUGCUUCAUGUAAAAACAAUGCAGAUGCAUCCGUCUACUCUAAACCACAGUUUCGCAUACGCAACUUUUUUUCUUUUUAAAAUAAAGAUGCGACAUCUGUGUUAAACACAUUCUCAGCAGCGACAUGAGGAAAUUCCAGUAUGUACUAACUGUUUAGCGCACAAAAUACGCAAUCCCUACAAACCUAGCUGUGGACUAAAUUCAGAAUUUCAAGUUUCAAGUUGAUAAAUUGCAUCAUUUAAAAUCGCCUUGUUUGUUCUAUUUCGCCAAUAUAAUAUGUAAGUGUAAAAAAAUGUAAACAGAGUCAAUUUUAAUAUGCAAAAACUGGGAGACCUUAUACAAGACACACAAUGCUGAAUAUAGUAAAAAAAGAAAAAAAAACAAAAGUAUUUUUUUAAGUCUCCCAGAGUUUUCCGAUGCAUAGGAAAGCGAGUAUUUUUUGUUAGCUACGAAAGAAAUUCACCAAGAAUAUUAGAAAACAAAAUCCACUAAAAGUUUGCAUGAAGAAUACAUUUUAAAGUUUGCAAAAAUAAGGGUUUAGCAGUGGUUUGAAAGAAAUCCAUAUGUUAAUUAUUUUCUUUAAAGUGUUUCGCAGAAAACGCUAAAAUGGUAAUCCUCGUAUACAGUAUAUCCAAGAUCCGAAAGCAUGAAUAAAAUCAAAAACAAUUUUAAAACGUUGAAUUGGGAAAGUCCAGGAGACGUGAAGUUUGCCAAACUUUUUUUUAUUAUUAUUAUUUUUGUUCUGCUUUGUUCUUCAAUCGAUUGAUGCAAACGUAUCCUUCUUUUUACGAACUGUGCAACUUUCCCCUUUUCUUUUCGGCGCCGGAGCUGUGUAAAUUCCACAAAGCAGGCAGGCAGGCUGGCUCUCGCUUAAGAUACCCAUCUCUCAGGAUGUUCUCAGCAUGGAAGUCCAUGUAAAUUCAUCUGCAUAGCCUUUAAUAGCAGGAUAGCCCCGCUGAGUGAUGCCCUCCGCCUUUUUUGCUCAGAACAACACCAUCCCGCGUUAGCCUGAGAAAACUAAGCUGACAGCACUCCUGCGCGAGCUUCGCAGAGUGACAGAAUCCGAAAUGAGGAGCGCGAGCGUCAGCUUGAACCAAUCCGUGAUGACUUCCUUUGCUUUUUCCCUUUGAUAGAUUUUUUUUCAUCUCGACCACAAAUCCCAUUCUUGCGGCGCUUUCCUAGUUAAGCGCCUCAAAUAGUGUUUGCACGGCCUGAGGUUUACCGGAAUGCGGGAAAAGAAUACUAUGGGGCGUGUUUGAGGCAUUCUUUAUGGUCGUCAUUGUUUUUGGAUAUCUGUCCCUCUUUUUUUGCCUUUAUUCUUUUUUUUUCUUUCUUACAUUUUUCUUCCGUUCAUUCCGUUGUUCACAAGACGAUCCGGCAUAUUUUCGUGUAAAAUCAUUAGCCACUAAUCCUCUUACGGAGGUAAAGAGGUAGAUAACGGCGGUAUCGGGGCUGAGGACUCUCCCUUUCUACCGACUUGAGUGAAGAACGCACAUAUGUGGCACUCAAUCACUCUGAGGAUUAACACAGCGUGGAGGCAGAACUGGGGGGAAGUGGUAGGUGCAGCGGUGCAAAGAUCAGCCUGCUGAGAUUUGAUCGGAGUUCCCCCAUCUCAGCCACUUGAUCGCUCUCACUGCAGAGACGUUUGCUCAGCUAAAUAGAGCAAGCUGGUUUAAUGCGGAGGAAAGCUCCCGUAGUCGAAAGGCUCACCAGCCAGCCAGAGGAGGAUGGCUCUGUCUGCGCAGUUUGAAAGGGAAAAACAAGCCUCCGUCUCCUGUAAAGGGCUCCUGAAGAUCUGCUGUGGAAUUUGAUAGUUUCUUUCUGCGCUUGCUGAUCGUACUGGGUUUGGUUUCUCCUUCUUUCCAAAUUUUGUGUUUAACCGGGAACGUAAGCGGAUUCUGAAGGGAUUUUUUUUUUUACAUACAAACCCAUGGCAUAUUGUUUGAGCGCAGGGGGGGACAUGGGCUGUGCGGAGUUGUGCGGUAAGAAAAUCAGCACACCUUGCAUUGACAGAAUAUAGUGGAAAACCAAAUGGAACACAUUUCAAAAUAUGGUGAAAUGAGGAUUGAGAAGAUUCGGUUUCCAUGACCCUCGACAGACAGAAAAGGGCUGAUGUUCCUUCUGCAAGGAGAUUUGUGGUUGAAGUCUUCCCUUGCAGCAGAUGUUUUUCCUUCACACUGUGUUUGAUAAGGAGGCUUCCACCAGAUGGACAGUAAACUAUCAGGCUUCUUUAAAGCACAAGUGUUUGAUCCUGACUUACAAUGGAAAAACUGCUUUUCUAUCUGCUGGUUAUUGGCAUGGCAGUUAAAGCCCAGAUCUGUCCAAAACGCUGUGUCUGUCAGAUUUUAUCUCCCAACCUUGCAACGCUCUGUGCCAAAAAAGGUCUUCUGUUUGUCCCACCUAACAUUGAUCGGCGUACCGUGGAGUUACGUUUGGCUGAUAACUUUGUCACAAACAUCAAAAGAAAAGACUUUGCCAACAUGACCAGCCUUGUGGAUCUUACCUUGUCAAGGAAUACAAUAAGUUUCAUUACGCCCCAUGCUUUCGCAGAUCUUCGCAAUCUACGGGCCCUGCACCUCAACAGCAAUCGAUUAACUAGAAUUUCCAAUGAUAUAUUUAGUGGGCUUUCUAAUCUUCACCACCUUAUUCUCAAUAACAAUCAGCUUACUACAAUCCUACCAGAGGCAUUUAAUGAUGUUUUAUCAUUGGAAGAGCUGGAUAUAUCUUAUAAUAACUUGGAGACCGUUCCCUGGGAAGCUGUUGAGAGGAUGACUAGCUUGCACACCUUCAGUCUUGACCACAACAUGAUUGACCACAUCCCCGAGGGCACCUUUUCACACCUCCAUAAACUAACCCGUUUGGAUGUUACUUCCAACAAACUCCAGAAGCUGCCACCGGACCCCCUCUUUCAGCGUGCUCAGGUUCUGGCCACAUCUGAGAUCCUGAGCCCCUCAUCUUUUGCACUUAGUUUUGGAGGUAAUCCCCUGCACUGCAAUUGUGAGUUGCUUUGGCUAAGGCGCCUUACGAGGGAAGAUGAUCUAGAAACAUGCGCUACACCAUUACAUUUGUCUGGCCGGUAUUUUUGGUCCAUCCCUGAAGAGGAAUUCUUGUGUGAACCCCCUCUGAUCACUCGUCACACACAUGAAAUGCGAGUCCUGGAGGGCCAAAGGGCAACCUUAAGGUGCAAAGCAAGAGGUGAUCCUGAACCUGCUAUCCACUGGAUAUCGCCUGAUGGUAAACUUAUUUCUAAUUCUUCUAGAGCGCUUGUCUAUGACAACGGAACCUUGGACAUUCUUAUCACAACUGUAAAAGAUACGGGUUCUUUCACUUGCAUCUCCUCCAAUCCAGCUGGUGAAGCAACCCAAACAGUUGACCUAAACAUUAUUAAGCUGCCCCACUUGAUAAACAGCACAAAUAAUUUUCAAGAACCGGAUCCUGGCUCCUCAGACAUCUCUACUUCGACUAAGUCUGGGUCCAAUGCUAGCAGUAAUGCGGGAGACUCAAAGAGUAGCCAAGACAAAAGGGUAGUAAUUGCCGAGACAACUUCGUCAACAGCGCUUAUUAAAUUCAACUUUCAAAGGAACAUCCCUGGUAUUCGCAUGUUUCAGAUUCAGUAUAACGGCACAUAUGAUGAUUCCCUUGUUUACAGAAUGAUUCCGCCCACAAGCAAAAACUUUCUUGUUAACAACUUGGCUGCUGGAACCCUCUACGACCUGUGUGUCCUGGCUAUCUACGAUGAUGGAAUUACCUCCCUGACUGCAACUAGAGUUGUGGGGUGCAUUCAGUUCACAACAGAACAGGAUUAUGUCCGCUGUCACUUUAUGCAAUCACAGUUUCUUGGUGGUACAAUGAUUAUUAUUAUAGGGGGCAUCAUUGUGGCUUCAGUCCUUGUCUUCAUUAUUAUUCUGAUGAUUCGCUACAAAGUGUGCAACAACAGUGAUCCAAACAAGGCCACAAAGGUUAGCAAUGUUUAUUCACAAACCAAUGGGGCACAAGCCCAGAGUUGCGGGGGGUCUUUACCACACUCGAGCUCGAAGCAGGCUUUGGGGCAGGAUGAGACUGCUCAGUGUCACAAGACUCAUCUUGGUGAGACUGUGACCCAUUCUUCAGAGACAUCCUCCUCUAUCCCAGAAUGCUCCACCACUACCUCUAUGAUGGCCCAGAACUGGACCUCCAGCUCCUCUGGCUCUUUAAAGCCAAAACGAAAGGCCGGGACAAAGGCAUCGCCAGAGCCCAAGAUUGAGGCACUUCCUAAUGCCGAGACUCAGAAUACGAAUCGGAAUAAUUCCACUGCAUUACAGCAGUCAAGCUGCUCUCCUGUGCUGCAAGCCAAGGAAACCCCCACUUUUAAACGAGUACACUCUAAACCUAAUAAAUACCUGACCUUGCCAGCAGACAGCCUGAGAGCUAAGCGCAGGUAUUCUUUAAACGAAGACUUGUCUAAAUACCACUGCUGUAUAAGUUCCCAAAGGUUGGGGAGCUUGUGGUCCAAAAGAAGCCUAUCAAUGAAUGGCAUGCUAUUACAAUUAGAAGGUUCAGACGUGGACAGUGGGAAGGCAACAUUUUCAAGUUCGGAGUGGAUACUGGAAAGCACUGUGUGACUUUUUCAUUUGUAUUCCCUUCAAAAAUAUAAAACCAGAAGAAACAAACAGUGUGGGUAACGUUGCCUUUUGGGGGUUUGGGAUUCCAUUUGUCUCAGUCGAUAAUUUUGUGUAUAAGGUUUUUGAAAAGCAGCAUCAUGCUCACAUGGCGUUACAACAACAACCACACGGCAUUGUCCCCAGAUGUAACUAAACGAGUUGAAGAUAAAUGUGUCAAGAAAACGUAAAAGAAAAAAGAAAUAAGCAGUUACAACCCUUCAAAGUCACUGGCUUCCCAUUUUCACGGUAGGAUGAGCCAUGAGGAACAAGUCGUGCGAAAAUAGGGAAUCGGGGAGGGAAGUAAUUUCACAAAAAAGCCUUUUUACAAAGGAAAUUACCAUUUCCUAUAUACUAGAAGGAGAAAAAAAACAAAACAAAUUAAAAAAAAAAAGAGCAACUCUUGCUUCGGGACCUGUUAUUAAAUCGAUAUUUUUUAAAAGAAGAAGAUCAAAGUUUGUUUUCAGUGACACUGACUUUGCCUUUGUUUUCAGGCAAAAGACAUACUGUAUAGAAAAAAAAAGAAAAAAAAACAA